GUACCUCGCUUUUUAUUAUAUCCUCAUGUUCCAGGACGUGGAGACAGCAACAAGAUCGUCGAUACCAUGAUGCAGAUCCAUUGAUUGGGGACUGACGAUUAGGCACUGGACUCUCGACUCGUUGUUCUGACCGUCAAUCCACGUGAUACUCCCGACCCCCGUUCACAUCUCACCAAGGCGAGCCAAGACCUGGUACAGUCGAGGUUGGGGUUGAAAUCCCAGCCCAGCAGUCAUGCCGUCCUCACGUAUCUCUCUAGUCUUGCCUCGCACAAGAAGAGGUUCUGACAUCUGUCAGGAAGGACACUGAAGGGUCAACAUAGGGCGAGCUCCUCAGGGAAAGAAGAAGACAACAUUUACCGUCUCUGCUUCCUCACGUCGCGAUCCACCACCACAGUCUUGGACUUGAUUAUGGCAGGGUUCAUGAUGGCAGCGAACCGGCACGGCAGUGCAAUCAAUUCAGCCUUACAGUCCCUGGAAUGUGCCAUGAACUUGGCUAGCUGAUCAUCUCCUUUGCACUGGUGGCGCACUCCUACCUCUAGUCUGCACUCGGCAUCGAUUCCUGAAGCAGAUAAAGGUCAUGUCCCCGCUCCAAAGCUACGACAGUGGCUCGAUUGUGCACCUGCGUUUGGCGCAAUGCGGAACUCGAAAGGUCUGAUAGUAGCAGCUGUUCUGUGGAUGACAGCCACACCCGGUAUGGAGUCCCUUGCAUAUCAAACACGACACCUUGACUUAUUGCUUCUCAAACAGUAUGUACGCAGCGAUGUGGUCGCCCGAUUGAGCAAAAUACUGCUUUCCAGAGAACAGUCUCUAGCCAAAGUGACUUCGACAAUCUAGUUCAAGGAUGCGAUACAUGGGGAGGUGACCUUGUUAUCGCCAGCAAUUAUACCGGCGAGCUUGUGCUUACUGGUCUGACAAACAUCACUGGAGGCCUGCACACAGGUGAUAUAGGCGACGGUAAAAGUAACAAUGGUUCGCUUGGAGCACCAGCCUUAACUUCUGUUGUUGGGCCCGACUUGGUCGAGAUUGGCGGGGACGAUGUAGACGGAAGCGCUGGGCUGAAUUUGCGGAAUGCCGCAACGCUGAAGUCUGUUAACUUCGAGAAGUUGCAACUAGCGUCAGCGGUCUAUGUCAACAUGACAGUAUUGAUACCAGUGAGAGGGAGCUAUGAUUACGUUGCCGAUGCGCUGAACAGAGGCGGUUCCAUCAACUUCCCAGCUUUGAAAAACAUCACAGGAGACCUGAGAAUUACGGGAAGUGUGCGCAGAAUGUCCUUUCCAGCCCUUACCGAAGUUGCCGGUGAUUUGACGAUAACGAAAAGUCCAGAAGAUCUGGAACGUUUCUCAUACGAUUCGAUUUCCUCGACCUCGUACGACCUGUCGUUCCCUAUCGUCCUUGACUGUCCUUCUUUGGUCAGCUGCUCCUUCUUGAUGAUCGCGGGGAAUAUCUCCAGCAUAUCGAUGCCUGUGCUAUCAUCUUUGUCUACUUCCCAGCAACGAUUCGAUAAAACGGACCUGAGAGGAAGAAUGAUUAUUUAUACCAUAGGAGAGCCGCUACAGUUGAGCUUACCAUCCCUGUUGAAUGCUUCUUCGGUGACAAUGGUGGGAACAUUCGAGAAUAUCUCCCUGCCAUCACUCCUGCGCGUCGAGGAUGAAUACUACAUCAAGCCUUAUCUCCCAAUGAAAGUUGAUACCUAUCCAUUGCAAAGUACAGACAGGUUUACGCUUGAUGGUCGGCUGACAAGCUACGACAUAUCUAGCGUGACCGACGUCGACGAUCUUUACAUCAACACGUCACCAGCCGAUUUCCCGAGAGUUGAUUGUAGCCCAGCCAAGAAGAAAUGGCAAGAAAUUCACCCCGAAGACAAGGACCUCGAUGAUCCUCUUAGCAAUUUCUUCUGCAAGGGGAGAAGUAAAUCCAAAAGUAUAGGCCUCCCAGUUGGUCUUGGCGUAGGCCUGGGAGUCUCCCUCAUUGGCUUGCUUGCACUACUUGCGUUCUGCAUCUGGCGACGAAAGGGCUGGAAACGUAAGACUGCAAAAGAACAGCUGCCGGACUACGAGACAGAAAUGGAUACCAGGAGGACGGGUGGUGGGGAGGUGUUGCCGAAAUAUGCUCUUCCACCACAUGAGCAAGGUAAUGGAGCACAUAGCAAUAGCGCAGUACAUACUGGGACCUGAUAGUGAAUAAUGUGAAGAUCACAGAAACAAAUAUCUUUGAGCUGGAAUCAUUUGACCUGGGUUGUUUCCGAUUGUACUCUGCACCAAGUCGCUUCAUACAUUUGCUUGGGGCAUAUCUUUUACUACUAGAGAGAAAUUCUCUGCUUCAGGUGCAAUGCCUCUAAGCUGAAAUACAUGAGAGAUCAUGAGUCAUGUUGACUAAUUGAAGUCACGUGGAGAUGAACUGCAACAGAGCUCAAAAAGGAAAGGUCUGGACUCUAACCAGUACGCAAGAGCGAACAAACGUCGUCUUUUCAUGUAUAUAUACCUUACACUCCCUUC